AUGAUGGGAGGAAAAUCUAGCAAGGGCAAGAAAAAAACUGAAUCUGGUUCGACUUCAUCACCUUCAACACCUGUACAGAUCAAGAUAAACUCAGCUUACAUAGAGCACCUGAGCUCUUACGAAAGAGCUUGCAGUGAAGAUCCAAAGCUCGAGUCUUUUGACUCAGCGCUUCACGCAAGAACUAACCGAGUCAUCAACAAGCUCGCAUCGGGCGUCGAGAUCAAGUCUCUCUCCUUUGACUCGCUUAGAGAAGUCACGCAAUGUCUCCUAGACAUGAACCAAGACGUGGUCAAAGUGAUAUUGCAGGACAAAGAAGAUAUAUGGAACAAUCAAGACGUGUUCUCUCUUGUGAACAUGUAUUUUGACAGCACUGCCAAGACUAUGGACUUCUGCUCCGAGCUAGAGAACUGCCUUCACCGCGCGAGGAGAAGCCAAGUGAUUAUUCAGUUCGCUGUGAAGCAGUUUGAGGAAGAAGCUGUGAAUGGGGAUAGUAACGAGAACAGAAAGUAUGAGAAGACGCUUGAGGAGCUUAAGAGGUUUAAGUUAGCCGGAGAUCCGUUUUCGAAAGAGUUCUUUGAUCUUUUCGAUGCGGUGCACAAACAUCAGGUUAUGAUGCUUGAGGAGCUUCACAAGCUGAAGAGGAAGCUGGACAAGAGACUUGGGAACAUCAAAACAUGGAGGAGAGUGUCGAACAUGGUGUUCGUGACAGCGUUUAUCUCUGUGCUUAUCUUCUCUGUGGUUGCAGCCGCUGUGGCUGCGCCGCCUGUUGUGGCAGCUAUAGCCGGCGCAUUGGCUGUUCCCGUGGGGUCUGUUGGGAAAUGGUGUAACUCUCUGUGGACUAAGUAUGAGAAAGUGGUUCGAGGACAGAAGGAGAUGAUUACAUCGAUUAAGAUCGGGACUUAUGUGUCGGUUAAGGAGAUGGAUAAUAUAAGUGUUCUUGUGCGUAAAGUUGAGGUGGAGAUUGAGUCUUUGUUGAAGAAAGCUGAGUUUGCUGUUACGGAGGAGAGAUGUGUGAGUCUUGCGAUAGAUGAGAUCAAGAAGAAGCUUGAUGUGUUUACUGAGACCGUUGAGGAGCUUGGGAGGCAUGCGAAUAAGUAUUGUAGCGAUGUGACGAAGGCGAGGACCGUGAUUCUGCAGAGGAUUAUCAGAUAUCCGACUGGUUCCACUAGCGAAGAAGAUACCUGGACGGAGAUGAUGUCGUGA